AUUUUAUUAUUUUAGCUACACUGAAGGAACUCAUAUCCCAAACUAUGGUGCGCUGGUCCCAGGAAGAUCAGAUUCAAGAUCCAGAAUUGGUUCGGAUUAUGUACACUCUGCUGCGUAGGCAAUAUGAUAGCAUUGGUGAGCUACUUCAAGCUCUGAGGAAAGCAUACACUAUUAGUGCUGGCUCUGUGAAGGAUACCAUUAAUCUGCUUGCUGCACUGGGCCAGAUUCGCUCACUUCUCAGUGUAAGAAUGGGAAAAGAAGAGGAACUGCUAAUGAUUAAUGGAUUAGGAGAUAUCAUGAACAACAAGGUUUUUUAUCAGCAUCCUAACUUAAUGAGAGUCUUGGGCAUGCAUGAGACAGUUAUGGAUGUGAUGGUGAAUGUGCUUGGAGGAGAUAAAUCUCAGCAGAUCGUUUUUCCUAAGAUGGUGGCAAGCUGUUGUCGAUUUCUGUGCUACUUCUGUCGAAUUAGUCGUCAAAACCAAAAAGCCAUGUUUGAGCAUCUCAGUUACUUACUGGAAAACAGCAGCGUUGGGUUGGCAUUUCCUUCAAUGAGAGGUUCGACACCACUUGAUGUUGCAGCAGCCUCUGUAAUGGACAACAAUGAGCUUGCACUAGCACUGGAAGAACCAGAUCUUGAUAAAGUUGUUACUUACCUGGCAGGUUGUGGCCUGCAGAGUUGUCCAGUGUUGCUAGCUAAAGGAUAUCCAGACAUUGGGUGGAAUCCAAUAGAGGGUGAACGUUACCUGUCAUUCCUAAGAUUUGCAGUUUUUGUUAACAGUGAAAGUGUUGAAGAAAAUGCAAGUGUUGUUGUAAAGCUUCUUAUUCGACGACCAGAGUGCUUUGGACCAGAGCUUAGAGGAGAAGGAGGAAAUGGAUUGCUGGCAGCUAUGCAAGAAGCUAUACGGAUCUCAGAGAAUCCUUCUCGUGACCUUCCCUCACAAGGAUAUAAGAGAGAAGGUGAUGAAGAGGAGGAGGAGGAGGAGAUCGUACACAUGGGCAAUGCAAUCAUGUCAUUUUACUCUGCUCUCAUAGAUUUACUUGGACGCUGUGCACCAGAAAUGCACCUUAUUCAAAGUGGAAAAGGUGAAGCUAUUCGAAUCAGAUCAAUCCUUCGAUCUCUAGUGCCAACUGAAGAUUUGGUUGGGAUUAUAAGUAUACCACUAAAGCUGUCAACAGUUAACAAAGAUGGCACUGUAAAUGAGCCAGACAUGUCUGCAAAUUUCUGUCCUGAUCAUAAGGCACCAAUGGUACUCUUUUUGGACCGUGUGUAUGGCAUUAAGGACCAAAGCUUCCUCCUUCACCUACUUGAAGUUGGAUUUUUACCAGAUUUAAGAGCUUCUGCCUCUCUGGAUACAGUUUCUCUAAGUACCACAGAAGCAGCUCUUGCACUAAACAGAUAUAUUUGCUCAGCUGUGUUUCCGUUACUCAAAAGAUGUGCUCCCCUCUUUUCUGGAACAGAACAUCAUGCCUCUCUUGUUGACUCCAUGCUUCACACAAUAUAUAGGUUAUCCAAAGGACGUUCCCUUACAAAAGCACAACGAGACACUAUUGAAGAAUGCCUGCUUGCUAUCUGCCACCACUUACGUCCCUCUAUGCUCCAACAGCUAUUGAGAAGGCUAGUUUUUGAUGUGCCCUUACUCAAUGAAUACUGUAAAAUGCCACUCAAGCUUCUGACAAAUCACUAUGAACAGUGUUGGAAAUAUUAUUGUCUACCUUCAGGAAUGGGAAGCUAUGGAAUUGCAGCAGAAGAUGAAUUACAUUUAACUGAAAAACUUUUUUGGGGAAUAUUUGAUUCCUUGUCUCAUAAGUUCCUAUCUCUCCUGCAGAAGUAUGAUCCAGAGCUCUUUAGAAUGGCCUUGCCCUGCCUAAGUGCUAUAGCUGGGGCUUUGCCUCCUGAUUAUUUAGAUACGCGAAUUAGAUCAACAUUGGAAAAGCAGACCUCAGUGGAUCCAGAAGGAAAUUUUGAUCCCAAACCCAUCAACACAGCAAACCUUGUACUUCCUGAAAAGCUGGAGUAUAUUGUCAGCAAAUAUGCUGAGCAUUCUCAUGAUAAAUGGGCUUUUGAUAAGACUAAUAAUGGGUGGAAAUACGGUGUUUCACUGGAUGAAAAUACAAAGACUCAUCCAUUAAUAAGACCUUUCAAAACUUUAACUGAGAAGGAAAAAGAAAUUUAUCGUUGGCCUGUGAGAGAAUCCCUGAAAACCAUGUUGGCCAUGGGGUGGAGCCUCGAAAGGACCAAGGAAGGGGGAGAAGCAAUGUUACAACAGCGUGAAAAUGAAAAGCUCCGCAGCAUAUCUCAGUCUAGCCAGGGAAAUGGAUAUAGCCCAGCACCACUUGAUCUCACUAACGUGGUACUUUCUAGGGAACUUCAGGGAAUGGUUGAGGUAAUGGCAGAAAACUACCAUAAUAUAUGGGCCAAAAAGAAGAAAAUGGAGUUGGAAAGCAAAGGUGGAGGCAGUCAUCCUUUAUUGGUACCUUACGACACAUUGACAGCCAAGGAGAAAUCACGGGACCGUGAAAAGGCACAAGAGCUGUUUAAAUUCCUUCAAGUGAAUGGCAUAAUCAUAUCUCGGGGUCUGAAUGACAUGGAUUUGGAUGCUUCAUCCAUGGAAAAGAGGUUUGCCUUUAAGUUUCUGAAGAAAAUUUUAAAAUAUGUUGACUCUGCUCAAGAGUUCAUUGCACAUUUGGAAGCCAUUGUUACUAGUGGAAAAACUGAAAAAUCCCCGCAUGACCAAGAAAUAAAAUUCUUUGCCAAAGUUCUUUUACCAUUAGUUGAUCAAUACUUUACAAAUCACUGCUUGUACUUCCUGUCUUCUCCAACAAAAACACUCAGUAGCAGUGGAUAUGCAUCAAAUAAGGAAAAGGAAAUGGUAGCAAGCCUGUUCUGCAAACUAGCUGCUCUUGUUAGACAUAGGAUCUCAAUUUUUGGUAGUGAUUCUACAACAAUGGUGAGCUGCCUGCACAUCUUAGCUCAGUCUCUGGAUACUCGAACUGUUAUGAAAUCAGGAUCUGAGCUAGUUAAAGCUGGACUACGUGCUUUUUUUGAAAAUGCAGCUGAAGAUCUGGAAAAAACUUCAGAAAAUCUUAAACUUGGAAAAUUUACACAUUCACGAACACAAAUCAAAGGUGUUUCACAGAAUAUCAAUUAUACUACAGUAGCAUUGCUACCUGUCUUGACGUCAAUUUUUGAGCAUAUUUCACAGUAUCAUUUUGGAGUUGAUUUACUUCUGGGUGAUGUACAAGUUUCAUGUUACAGAAUUCUUUGUAGCCUCUAUUCCCUUGGGACUGGGAAGAACAUCUACGUUGAAAGGCAACGUCCUGCACUUGGUGAAUGCUUAGCAUCUCUUGCAGCAGCCAUUCCAGUAGCAUUCCUUGAACCUUCUCUCAACCACUACAACCCAUUGUCUGUCUUCAACACAAAAAGUGCAAGAGAAAGAGCAAUUUUAGGUAUGCCUGAUACAGUAGAGGAAAUGUGUCCAGAGAUCCCUCAGCUGGAUGGACUAAUAAAGGAAAUUAAUAAUUUAGCAGAGUCUGGAGCAAGGUAUACUGAAAUGCCUCACGUAAUUGAGGUUAUCUUACCCAUGCUGUGCAAUUAUUUGUCCUACUGGUGGGAACGAGGGUCUGAGAGUGUUCCUGAAAGUGCUGGGCCUUGCUGUACGAUGAUAACAUCUGAGCAUCUGAGCAUCAUUCUGGGAAAUAUUCUGAAAAUCAUUAACAACAAUCUGGGAAUAGAUGAAGCAUCUUGGAUGAAAAGAAUUGCAGGUACUGUCAAAAUUUCUAAGGAGUAUUUAUAUUGAAUAAUAUGUAAUUACUGAAUUGCAAUUUACCAUAUUACC